GCGCCCGGGUGUCGAGAGCGCAAUUCGACAGCGACGGCGUACUCGUGUCCCUGUCGAGCUCGGAGGUGACCCGCGCGCUUCGCUCCUCGGACGCGGUCGUGCGCGACCUCAACACCGGCAAGCCGCUCACGACGCCACGGCUCCGGGAGCUUUACGAGGGCGGGCAUCUGUCCUUCUACAUCGCUCCAGUCGCCGACCCGUCCCCCCACGUCUGCGACGAGGCAGAGAGGGAGGCGCAGAACCGGCUCAUAGUCAAGUUUCCGGAGCAGAGCACGAUCCGCACGGUGGCCGCCGGCACCGUUGCCCGCACGGACGGCCUAGUCGACAAGUACGGGUACGUUAUCUUCGCCUGGGUGCUCGAUGGCGGCGCCAAGGACAUCGUGCGCGCAAGGGCGCCAUCCCUGCUGGUGUGGCCACCGAUGUAUAGUGGGCCUGACUCUUCCGAUCUGUUCGCAGGUGACUUCCAGCGGCGUCUCCACUCGCGAGGAGCGGGCAAAGGCUGUCGCAUCGUAUCGUCCGAGGGGCUCGUCUGCAGCCACACUCGCGGACGACGACGUGGUCAAGCUCGAGCGAGGCCGCAACAAUCCUGGCGGUCAGGCUUCCUUUUGGGAGUCCCGCGUAGAGGGCGGCAGGUGGACUCGCUCGUGGGGCUACCUGGCGCAGGUCACAAGGCCCGACGGCGUCUGGUACAAGUACGUGAUGGACUUUGGCGAGGACGAUGCUGCUGCGCGAGCUGCGCGGAUCUCGCACGCCCAGGCCGUCAAGUCGAAGCUGUCGGACGCGAAGACGCGCCAACGAGGGCAGCCGUACAUCAAGGUUGACGAGUUCGAGGCGUACGGAGCAGGGACGCGGCAAGACCUGGGGGCAUGGCGGCAGCAUGAGCUCGACCGCGACGCCAAGUACGAGGAGGAGCUCGAGCAGGCAGUCUACGACCAGGAGAUGCUCGACGAGCUGGAGGCCAUGGAGGAGGACGAGUCGGGGCAGCCGAAGGCCACCAAGGCCAAAGCUGGAGCGCGCGUGGUGGUCGUCUACAAGGAGGAGGAGGAGGACUCCGGCAUGUCGGUUGACAAGGAGUACAGCGGGGUGGUCGUGCAGGUGUCGAGCUCGAAGGGCAUGUUGAUCGCCUUCGACGAGGAGGGGGAGGAGGUGUGGGUGGACGAGCGGCUUGGCGACGAAUGGUGGUACGCGCCGCAGCUUCGCUGACCACGCCAUGGCCCAUGCUGCCGCGCCGCGCUUGACGUUGUAUAUAGUGAGCGUGAGAGAUGGAACACGCGAGCCGCCCCUGCGCAGGCUACUGAUAUAACGCACUGUGGGUGGGGAUAGUGCACUAGGCUAGUGUGUGAGCCGAGCCGCCAAUCGAAGUACCUGUGGCAGGUCCCGCUACUCCCGUGAGUUCAACAAACUAGAUUCAGCACC